AUGGCCAGCUUCCUCCGUGCGCGGUACUAUGACAGGUGCGGCGAUACGACCACCAUCCUCCUCAAGCCUAACGCUGGGGACGAUGUCUUUCGAUGCUUGUUCGCGUCCCCAAUUCCAAUUGCGUCCACUCGCAAACAAGAAGCAGACCACAAGCCAUUCUUGCGGCGGCUGCAAGAAUGGGGGUCAGGGAGUGGACGCGGGGACCGACGAUCGGCAGGGGCUCCUCGGCCACCGUCUCGCAAGAAUGGGGGUCAGGGAGUGGACGCGCACGCCGCAGGGGUCACGCACUACGACGUCAAGGCCCGGAACGUGCUCAUAGGCGCCGACGGCCGCGCCAUGAUCGCCGACUUCGGGUGCGCGCGGCGGACAGGCAGCAUUGCCGGCCACAGGGUGACUGGCACGCCAGCGUUCAUGGCGCCCGAGGCCGCGCGGGGCGAGGCGCAGGGUCCGGCCGUGGACAUUUGGGCUCUGGGCUGCACGGUCAUCGAGAUGGCCACCGGCGCCGCGCCGUGGCAGCGGUUCGCCAGCACCGUGGCGACGCUGCACCACGUCGCAUUCUCGGGCGAGUCGCCGGAGCUGCCCUGCUGGCUGUCUGACCAAGGCAAGGAUUUCCUGGGCAGGUGCCUGCUGCAGGACGCCGCGGAGCGGUGGACGGCGGAACAGCUGCUCGACCACGAGUUCGUGGUCGCCGCCGCCGUGUCGUCUUCCAGCUCCGUGCCGGGGAUCGCCGAGAAGGGGAUGUUCGUGUCUCCCAAGAGCGUGCUCGACCAGGCAUUGUGGGAGGACGACGACGACACGACUGCGGACACCGCUACCGCUGGUCCUAUCGGCAGAGUCCGCGCCCUGGCCGCCGGCGCGCCGGACUGGACCUGGGACGCGAGCUGGAUCACCGUCCAUUCCUCCGGUACCAGCGGUGACGAUGACAACCCCGCAAUGUCGCCGGACACGGAUGCUGACAGCGAUUCUCCCGCCGGCAGCAGCUCGACCGGGCGUGCGGCCAAGGCUGGUGCCUCGAGCAGCCAGGCCUCACAUGCCGGCGGCGAUUGUUACGACGGCACGGGAAGCUGUAAUGGGGAGCGUCGUGAUAAUGGUAAUCACGUGAUUACCGAUUGUACCCUUCCAAUCACAAUCACAAGCAAUAUGUUUGUCCCGGCUGGCUGCCCAAGUUUACCUUUGCCCCUGCUGUUCUUCUUCCUGUUAUUUGUUUCUCCCAUCGGAGCCACCCCACUAUUCCGGACCGCAUUUCGAUCUGUUUGGGUCCGCGACGAUCUACGGAUAAGAAACAGGCUGCGAUUCUUAUGA